CUGUUGUUCAGGCAUACGGAGAGUCUCAGACAGGUUCAGGUCUACAGAGAGUCUCAGACAUGUUCAGGUCUACAGAGAGAUGAAGAUGAUGAAGAUGAUGAUGAUGAUGAUGGUCCUUGUCCUCUCCAGUCUCCUCUGUGUCUCAGCUGACGUUCUACAUCAGCACAUUCAUAUCAACGGCUGUUCAGACUCUGAUGGAGAGUUGAUGUAUGGUCUGGAUGGUGAAGAGUAUUGGUACGCAGACUUCAUCAACAAGAGAGGAGUUGAGCCUCAGCCCAGUUUCAUAGAUCAUAUUACAAUCCAAGGAGCUUAUGAAUCUGCUGUGGCUGGGCAAAAGAUGUGCAGACGCAACCUGAAAGCAGAUCAACGUGACUUCAAGGACCUGCCACUGGAGCUUGAUGCUCCUUCCAGUCCGAUGGUGUACACCAAAGAAGCCGUGGAGCUCCGAGAGAAGAACACCCUCAUCUGUUAUGUGACUGGUUUCUAUCCUGCUCCUGUCAUCUUCUCCUGGACAAAGAACGGAGAGAAGGUCACCGAAGGAAGCAGCACCAACGUUCCCUACCCCAACAAAGAUGGUUCCUUCAACCAGUUCUCCAGACUGGAGUUCAUCCCACAGCUGGGAGACAUCUACAGCUGUACAGUCAACCAUCUGGCCCUGGACCACCCACUGACCAGGAUCUGGGAUGUGGAGAAGACUGAGCCCGGUAUUGGACCUGCAGUUUUCUGUGGACUGGGUCUGACUGUCGGUCUGCUCGGUGUGGCUGCUGGAACCUUCUUCUUUAUCAAAAGAAAUGAGUGCAGCUGAUUGGUUGGGAAUGAUGAUGUCAACAGUGUACAGAGUAGAUACGGUACAGAUGAGAGGAGCUGCUGCUUCCUGAAGCUUAGACUGUUUUUUUGCUUUAUAAAAAAUACAGCCUCUGCUUUUACACAAACACUGACAUUCUCUGCAGGGAAUUCAAAUUUAAAACAUACUUCUAAUCUUUGUUCAGUAUUGUGUUUGUAUCUCUAUAAAUAUUCAUUUUAUAAACAUAUA